UUAUUUUUCAUGUUUGCAUCUUUGCUUCACUUCCGUCUUACAACUUGUCUUAUUGUUCAUGUUUGCAUCUUUGCUUCACUUCCGUCUUACAACUUGUCUUAUUUUUCAUGUUUGCAUCUUUGCUUCACUUCCGUCUUACAACUUGUCUUAUUUUUCAUGUUUGCAUCUUUGCUUCACUUCCGUCUUACAACUUGUCUUAUUUUUCAUGUUUGCAUCUUUACUUCACUUCCGUCUUCCAAGUUGCUCAUGGAGAAGUCCAAAAACUUCCGAAUCGACGCUUUACUCGCGGACGAGACGAGCCGAGCGAGCCGAGCGAGCCGCGACUUGUCCCCGGGACUGAGCAGCGACAGCCCGGCGGGGAGCCCCGUGUCGUGCCGCCGCGGGGACACGCCUUCCCCGCGGGCCGCCCCGCAGCUCCACGCGGGCAUCAUUCCCAAAGCCUCCGUGCUGGGUCUGGGUCACCAUCACGGCCUCACCUCGCUGCCCCAGGCCGCCAUCCCGGGCAUGUACCCGCCCGCCAUGUACCCGCUGUCCGCCCUGGGAGGCCAGCAUCCCGCCUUCGCCUACACCGGCUUCACGCACCUCUCCCACGCCUACCCCGACCACCUGAAGGCGGCCAUGGCGGGCUCGCUGCCCCUGGAGCACUGGAUCCGAGCUGGCAUCAUGAUGCCCAGACUGCCCGACUACGGUAUUGGACCUCAGUCGGGUCUGCUGGGGAAAUGUCGCCGGCCUCGCACCGCCUUCACCAGCCAGCAGCUGCUGGAGCUGGAGAACCAGUUCAAGGUCAACAAGUACCUGUCCAGACCCAAGCGCUUCGAGGUGGCCACGUCCCUCAUGCUGACUGAGACCCAGGUGAAGAUCUGGUUCCAGAACCGGAGGAUGAAGUGGAAACGCAGUCGGAAGGCCAAGGAGCAGCUGGGCUCUGCGGGCCAGUCGGAGGCCGGUGGAGGGAAGACGUCCAACAAAGCCGAGGACAAAAGGAACCCAGGUGUGCAUCUGGACUUGGAGGACGGGGAGGAGGAGGAGGAGGACGAGGAGGAGGAGGAGGAGGAAGAAGAGGAGGAGGCGGAAACCCGACCUGGCUUCCCGGUGCACGGACGUGAGCGCGCCAUGGACUUCCUGCAGCGUGAUGACGUCACCUUUAAUGGACACGCCUCUUUUUCUGAUGACGAGCUGGAGGACGUGCAAGCAGGACGAGGAGACCGGAAGAUGGCGGCAGGCCUGUGA